AUGCCCAUCAUCAAUCAGGUCUUGGUUGAGGUUCUCCACGUCGCUGAGAGGCAUCUUCAGCCCAGAAACCUCGGCGGAACACAGACUACAGCUGAUCCAACAUCGACUAUGUCUAGUCCCUCUACGACCUCCGCGUCGUCACCGGCAGCGACCACUACGAGCAGCGGCGGCGGCGGCGGGCCCACAUCUUCACCACUCUUGUUCUUCGUUGCACUAGGAUUCGGGGUUGUGUUUACGAACCUAUGGAUCAUUGUCGGCGUCAAGUAUUGUUUUCGAUACAAUGCUCGCAAUCGUGCAUUACGAAAUGGCGAGGACGUGGACCCGAUCAAUUUGGAGAAUAUGCCUACUCGACCACAUCGUCGGAGAAGGGAGAAGAAGUUGAUGACGAUGGAUGAGGUCAACGAGCGAUUCCCAUUGACGAAAUACAAGACCUGGGUAGCAUCGCGCGCAAGGGAAGGACUGCCGACGAGUGGAGGAGUGACAGUCACCGCACCACCGAGUAGAGCUGUUAGUGUGAGCGAGACUGAAGGCGUUAUACCCUCGUCGCCUGUUGACACGAAGCAUUCUGUCAAUACGAUACCACCCACGGCAACAUCAGAACGAGAGAUAGAAGAGGUCACGACAUCACCCGAGAUCCAUACUGAUGAUAAAAAGAAGAGCAUUGACGUCAGUACUGUGGAAAAAGAGAGUGCCAUCACUCCAGUCGAAGAACAAAAUAAUCUUGAGGAGGUCCCCACUACUACCAGCACUGUCGACAAACUCCAAACGACCGCAACUGAGUUGGAGGAGGAGGAUGACGAUGACGAUCAUAUCCUUACUGCUGUUCCGCCUGAGCUCCUGACAAACCCAGGAGAUUCAUGCGCAAUUUGCAUCGAUACAUUGGAGGAGGACGACGAUAUCCGCGGCUUGACAUGUGGCCAUGCUUUCCAUGCUGGAUGCUUGGAUCCAUGGUUAACCAGCCGUCGUGCUUGCUGUCCGCUUUGCAAAGCAGAUUAUUAUACACCAAAGCCCCGCCCUGAAGGCGAAGCUGUCGACACUGAACGCUCUGGGCGAAGAAGAGAUGCUAGGAUGAAUAUGCCGCAACAGCCUCGUUCUACUUGGAAUGGUCUGCGUGUUGGUGGUCGCUUUGGAACCUACCAUACUUAUAAUCGUAAUUCUAGUACGAAUGAUCAACGAAGGGCUGCCAGACGGGCUCGUAGGGCAGCACCUCCAGGAGACGCAGCCGGUGCUGUUGUAACUCCAGCUAUUCUAGCUACUCCAGCUACUUCAGCACAGGCGAACAGCAACGCUGCUGAACCAAGCAGAUGGAGACCUCGGAAUCCAUUCAGUGGGAUUGCUAUGCCCGCCAUGCAUUUCCCAGGGCGUAAUCGCCAACCUACGGAACAAAAUGGGGCUCCUGCGGCUACGGCUACGGCCGAUCCAUCACCUUCCCAACUUGAAGCUGGCGUUGUACGAUGA